AUGGAGGAAAAGGUUCCUAAAACAGACAAAAGCUUUGAAGAAAGGCUGAUCUUCAAAACUUUCAUCCUCAAGUUCGUGAAUGCGUUCACUCCCAUCAUAUACAUUGCAUUUUUUAGAGGCAGAUUGGGGGGGCGUCCGGGAAGUUAUCUCUAUGUGUUUGAGUCCUAUCGGAUGGAAGAGUGCGCUCACGGCGGCUGUCUCAUGGAGCUCUGCAUUCAGCUCAGCAUCACAAUGCUCGGCAAACAGCUCAUCCAGAACAACCUGUUUGAGAUCGGCGUCCCUAAACUAAAGAAGCUGAUCAGAUACAUUAAAUCCAAGAGAAGCUCUUUCCAGGAAGAGGAAUAUGAGAAGAAGUUACAGCGUUAUGAGACGGAUCAUUUCCUGGAGCCCUUUGUUGGCCUCACGCCCGAAUACAUGGAGAUGAUAAUCCAGUUUGGCUUUGUGACUCUCUUCGUGGCAUCUUUCCCUCUGGCGCCUCUGUUUGCCCUCCUGAACAACAUUAUUGAAAUCCGUCUUGAUGCCAAGAAGUUUGUGGCAGAACUCAGAAGACCAGAUGCAGCCAGAGGCAAAGACAUAGGAAUUUGGUAUAAUAUUCUAAGAGGAGUCGCAAAGGUGGCAGUUAUUGUCAAUGCUUUUGUUAUCUCCUUCACAUCAGACUUUAUUCCACGGCUGGUCUAUCAGUACAUGUACAGUCCAGAUGGGUCAAUGCAUGGUUUUGUCAACCACACGCUGUCUUACUUUAACGUCAGUCACUUCCAGAAUGGUACCGCCCCACUGGAGCCUUUCCACCUCGGCUUCCAUGUGGACAUCUGCAGGUAUAAAGACUACAGAGAGCCUCCGUGGUCUCUGACACCAUACGAGAUCUCAAAAGAGUUCUGGGCUGUGUUGGCAGCCAGACUAGCAUUUGUCAUUGUCUUUCAGAAUGUGGUGAUGUUGAUGAGUGAUGUUGUGGACUGGAUCAUCCCAGAUAUUCCCAAAGACAUCAGUUUACAGAUCCAUAAAGAGAAGAUCCUCAUGAUGGAUCUGUUCAUGAAAGAGGAACAGGGAAAGACACGGUUAGAGGACAGCUGCAAAGAGAAGAGUACUCUGACACGCUCACGCUCCAUGUCUCACACAGCCUGCAAAAACUACUAACAUCAGCAGCCUCAGAGUAUCUAUCAUUACAUUCCAGUGACGAACCCCAGACAUGCUGUUCGGUCUUAAAUAAAGCCUGUUGCCAGUGCACACUGCCAGAGUUCAUAUUGUACAGUUCUUCAAGCUUCUUAAAUGUUAUUUGUGUGCUCUACGUGUUUUUCCCUCUAUGUCAUUGUUCUCUUUCAGUGAAUGCUGCUGUGAUGCAUUCAAAUGAUAAUACAAAUGCAAAGGCCUUAACGUACUCUACAGAAAUAUGUGAAUGAAAACACUUCUGGCUAUGUGAGCUCGAUUUUGUGCAUCAUUGUAUCAGAUUCAUAACGCAACAGUUUCCUAGCAUUGCUGGGCAUUAGCAUAAAUCUGAGUUGUUCAGCUGUGGUCCUCAGGCCAGUUUUUGUCCAGUAAUCCUAGUGAGGUGUGUUUGAUGAGGCUUGUGGAUCUCAAGGGCCAGAGCUGAUGAACACUGGCAUAGACGGUCUUCUGUAUUCUCUUGCAGGUCAAUUAUUGUCAUGACAAAGGAUUUUGAGGAAUCUUGUUGAGCAAGUUAGUUAAACUACCUGA